CAGUUUCUCACUCCUACUCUGGCUUCCGGACGCCUCGAACAGACCGCUGCCGCCGAAUUUAAAGAGACAGGCGAUAGUUAUUUUAAAAACGACCAACGCCAACCAUUGUCCCCGCCGCUCGUUCCCCUGCACUUCUCGCCUCGGCUCGCUCCAAUUCGACGGCGAUGUGGGCUCCGAGUCGCGGCGAGUAGCAGCUCGUCUGUCAUCCCCCUCCACCGCGCUCCGUCCGUCCUUCCCCCUGCGCCGCCGAGGAGCCGACACUGUCCAGCCAGGCAAAGUAGAGGGCUGCUCGCUGGCUGGCAGGCGGGCAGGCAGCCUGGCUCCCCGACCCAGAGGAAGGUUUGUCGGCUAGCCAACAACUGGAGGUAACAACAGCGGGAGCUUCCCUCUCAAGUUGUGGUCGCGGCUCCGGAGCCUCCCCGUCGCCGGGAUAAUGGCGAAGCUUCAGGCGCACAGCACCGCGAAGCAAAUAAACCAAAUUCAAGACAAGCCUUACGUGGUGACACAAAAGCAAGUGCAGCAGCAGCAGCAGCAGCAGCACUUCCAGAAGCUGAAGGUUGAAGAUGCCUUGUCAUAUCUGGACCAAGUCAAAAUACGGUUUGCGAAUGACCCCGGCAUAUACAACAAGUUUCUCGACAUCAUGAAAGAAUUCAAGUCGCAGAGCAUUGACACACCAGGGGUGAUAAACCGUGUGUCACAGCUCUUCCAUGGACACCCAGACUUAGUGUUGGGCUUCAAUGCCUUCCUCCCACCAGGGUAUCGGAUAGAGGUCCCCAAGAAUGGGAUGGCUUUCCUCCAGUCUCCGUUCUCUACACAGGUAUCCCCAGGCCAGCAGGGGAAGAGUCUCACCACCCCUGCAGUGCCCGCAACCUCAGGUAGUGCCUCUGCCACCAACGUUGAAGCUGGACCCGCCCAGACCAGCGAAGUCAAGGCUGCCUCAUCAGAGUCUCUACCCUCUUCAACCUCAGCAGGACCCACAGAGCCCUCUAGCAGACUCUCUCUUCCGCUGACAAGCAGAGAGAGUCAGAAUCAGGCCACCACCUCUUCUGUGUCCCCACCCGCCUCAGAGACCAGCCCCGUGGAGUUUGACAGUGCCAUCAGCUACGUAAACAAGAUCAAAAACCGCUUUCUAGAUCACCCAGAGAUCUACAGAGCCUUCCUAGAGAUUCUUCACACAUAUCAGAAGGAACAGCUGGAGGUGAAGGAGAGUCGAGGCAGCCGAGGCAGCAGCGGCAUGACGGAAGAUGAGGUGUUUUCUAAAGUCGCCAGUCUCUUUAAGGGACAAGAAGACCUGCUGGCUGAGUUUGGACAAUUCCUGCCUGACGCCAAGAGAUCACUGUUCACAGGGAGCUCACUGACGGGGGGGAAAGAGCAGCUGAAAAGGCCGGAGGAAGACGACGCGUUAACCAAACAGAACAAAAAGAGGCCCAGACCCAUCCUACUGCAGCACAUGUCCCCACUGCUGAAGAAAAAAAUGAAGUAUUCCUGUACCAAAGAUCAGUCCUUUGCUUCAGUUGGCAAGCACGGAGUUUUAAGAGAAUUCUCCUUCUUUGAUAAGGUUCGUCGCCUGUUUAAAAGCCAGGAAGUGUACGAGAACUUCCUGCGCUGCAUCGCCUUGUUUAACCAGGAAGUAGUUUCGGGAGCAGAGCUGCUUCAGCUAGUUACUCCUUUCCUGGGGAAGUUUCCUGAGCUGUACACCCAGUUCAAGUCAUUUCUCGGGGACAAAGAGCUCUCUCAUGCUGUGUCAGGGCUGUCGGAUCGCUACAUGGAGGGGGGAGGGGGCAGGGAGGUGGAUUAUGCCUCCUGCAAGCGCCUGGGUUCUAGCUAUAGAGCCCUGCCCAAGACCUACCAGCAACCUAAGUGCAGUGGGCGCACUGCGCUGUGCAAGGAGGUGUUGAAUGACACGUGGGUGUCGUUCCCCUCCUGGUCUGAGGACUCCACCUUCGUCAGCUCGAAGAAAACUCCUUAUGAGGAGCAGUUGCAUCGCUGCGAGGAUGAAAGAUUUGAGUUGGAUGUGGUUCUGGAGACUAACUUGGCCACCAUCCGGGUGCUAGAGAGCGUCCAGAAGAAGCUGUCCCGCCUUUCACCAGAGGACCAGGAACGAUUCAGAUUAGACGACUGCCUGGGUGGCACCUCUGAGGUCAUCCAGCGUCGCGCUGUGUAUCGUAUCUAUGGCGAUAAAUCCCCUGAGAUCAUUGAGGGACUGAAGAGGAGUCCUGCCACCGCUGUGCCUGUGGUGCUCAAGAGGUUGAAAGCCAAGGAAGAGGAGUGGAGAGAGGCCCAACAGGGUUUCAAUAAGAUAUGGAGGGAGCAGUACGAGAAGGCCUACCUGAAGUCCCUCGACCACCAAGGAGUCAACUUCAAACAGAAUGACAUGAAGGCCCUGCGGUCAAAGAGUCUUCUCAAUGAGAUUGAGAGCGUCUAUGAUGAGCGUCAGGAGCAGAGCACAGAAGAAGGUGGCAUCGGCCAGCAGGGACGUAACGGCUCUGGUUCUGCCGCGUCCAGCGAGCCUCACAUGGUCUUCACGUAUGAGGACAAACAGAUCCUGGAGGACGCCGCCUCACUAAUCAUCUACCACGUCAAACGGCAGCCCACCAUCCACAAAGACGACAAGGACCACAUCAAGCGCAUCAUCCAGCACUUUGUCCCCGACCUGUUCUUCUCUCGCCGCGGUGAGCUCAGUGAUACUGAAGACUGGACAGAUGAGGAGGCUGAGCCUGAAGACGGAGGAGAGGGAGAAGGGGGAGAGAGAGGAGAGAGUGCCCAGCCACAGCCCCAGACACAACUCCAGCAGCAGCUCAAUGGCGAGUCCAGGCGAAGGCGCUGCAGCCCGUCCCAACCUGCGGAGCCAGAGGCCUCCACCACCUCCAGUAGCAUGAGUCAGGCUGCAGGGACUGCCACAUCCACCCCUGUAUCUACUCCUAUGGAGAUGGGCUCUGGUACAGCCGGGGAGAAGGUGGACCUGCGCGACCCUGAAGCGGAGCACCAGAAGGAGCUGGACGGUGUCUACAACCUGUUCUUCGUCAACAACAACUGGUAUUUCUUCUUGCGGCUGCACCAGACUCUGUGUUCGCGGCUGCUGCGGGUGUACAGGCAGGCGGAGCGGCAGCUGCUGGAGCACAGAGCUGAGCAGAGCAGAGAGAGGCUGCUGAUGGCGGAGGGACGGAGGGAAAAAGCAUGUGACCUCGCCAUGGAGCUCCGCCUCAAACCGCCCAGCGAGGUGGAGUUGGAGGAGUAUUACCCAGCCUUCCUGGACAUGGUGCGCAGUCUGCUGGAUGGAAACCUGGACUCCACACAGUACGAAGACACGCUGAGAGAGAUGUUCACUAUCCACGCCUACAUCGGCUUCACCAUCGACAAGGUCAUCCACAACAUCAUUCGACAGCUGCAGCACCUGGUGAGCGACGAGGUUUGUCUGCAGGUGGUUGAUCUUUACUUGGCUGAGAGGAAGCGGGGGGCAGCAGGGGGGAACCUCUCCUCUCAGUGUGUCAGAGCUGCUUGGGAGACGAGCUACCAGUGGAAAGCUGAGAGAGUCAUGGCUGAGGAGAACUGCUUCAAGGUGAUGUUUAUCCAAAACAAGGGUCAUGUGACGAUGACCGUUGAGCUGCUGGACACUGAGGAGGCCCAGGCUGACGACCCGUUAGAUGUACAGUGCCUGUCGAGCUACAUGGAGCAGUUUGUAGGAACGGAGUCUAGUCUGUGCUCACAAGCAGACGGUUACUUCUUCAAACCUGUAUUUCUGCCCAGGAACCUGCGGCGUUUCCGUCGCUGGCAGGUGCGGCAGGUGGAGGCGAUGCGCUGCAGGAGAGAGUGGCACCGCCAGCUGGGCGUGGAAAACGCCGGCAGUUUGGACUGUCGCUUUAAACUCAACACUCACAAGAUGGUGUUUGUCAUGAACUCUGAGGACUACAUGUACCGCAGAGGAGCGCUGGUCAAGUCCCGGAAGUCGCAGCACAGAGUGGCGGCGACCCAGCACGAUCGCUUUGACAAGUGGCACCAGGGCUGGCUGGCCGAUAACGUGACUGCCUCGGCUGAACGCUCGGUGCAGAACUGGCUGAUGGGCGAGGAGGAGGAGGACAUGAUCCCCUGCAAGACCACCUGCCUGUCGACCGAGGUGAAAGGGCAAUCGGUCAACAGAUACCAAGUUUAUUACAGCAGUAGCAAAGCCCCGGCCUCACCGUAGAGGCCUGCGUAGAGUUGGACGUGCAGUACACACACUCACACACACUCACACACACAUACAUACAUACAGGUAAAUGCAUGGACUUACAGGACAUUUAUACACUAAACACAGACAUGAACAGCUGCAUUCACACUUCUCCACAACAUGUUCGCUCACUCACUUCCACUCAUGGAUGAAGAAACUAUCAGAAAAACCGAGUGAAUGAGUGAGAGGAGAAGUGAUGUGGAGAAAUGGACCAACACACAGACAGUGCAGUAAUAAUCAGUGGGAGUAAAACUCGGCCCCGAUGGACGGGCCGAGAUGGACACGACAGCACAAACGGAGAUCGUCUUUCCUCAUCCUUCUGACUCCUCUGGUGGCACACAGCAGCAGCAGCAGUCGAUGGGACUGAUGGACAGAGACGGUCGAUCAGGCGAGAAGUUCUGAGUUCUGAGAUCAUGACAUUUGUUUCAGAAAUGUGAAUGUCUGUUUAUUUUUGUUUAUUUUUUCCUUUUUUUAAGUCAAGUGUAGUUUUUAGCUUCUAAAGCCAGAGAGCCUUCUGCUUGUUGGUUGAUUUAUGCGUGUUUAUAUGGAGAGAUAACGGUAAACGUGUGUAUGUAUGUGUAUCCAGCUCUUCAUUUUGUCUGUUUGUAUGCCCAGUACAGGCUCUACAACUCCAGUAAUUGCAUUAUUACUGUAUGUGCAUAUAUAUACAACAGGGAUCCUGUAUUUUUAUAUAUGCAUCUACGCGAGUUAAUUGAUACAUCUGAAGAUCAUGUGGUUCUUUACAGUGUUUGCUGUCGGCCAACUCUUGAUGUUUGCAGUCUGUUUCUUUUUUGUAUCUUUUAUUUUUCCCUUUUUUGUGUUGUAGAGAUACGAGUUAUCACCAGGGUAACAAGGAGUCCUUAAAAAUAAUUGGUUUAAUAUUGAUGAAGCAGUCAAAUUAUGUAUCAUAUUCCUGAUUUCACCAAAUGUUUACUUUGCAUCUUUUUUUUUUUUUUUUUUUGCAUACUGACAUUGAAAAUAAAAGCAAAAUAUCAGUGUUAAAAUAGAAUGUAUAACAUUUAUCCUGUAUCAGUUAUCAUAAAAUAAACAACCUAGUUGUGACCUUC